CCCCUAUUUCUUAACCUCGAACUGCUUGCGAUUAGAAGAACGAUUUAUAGAGUAAAGUAUUUAAUCUAAAGAUAAAGAAAACCAUUCGAAAGGUUUCAGGUCGUACGAAGAACUAAAUCAUAAGUUUUAUUGUCAUAAGUUUCAAGACGAACAUUCGACCAAGACCUGUAGAAGACAACGAUAGGUUUAGGUUUAAAAUUUAACGAACAUACGAAUGCUAUUCUUUUCGGAGCUAUAAAGAGCACUGCCGUAGAGAUGCAGCGUUGCUGCACGACGAUGUCAGUUAUGUUGAGCGUUAUAGUGACGGCUUUAUUAGUAAAGUCGGCCAUAUCGCAGCCGACGUUCGCUGUUCUACCGCCGGUGCCGAAGUCAGUGGCAGCCAACGCACAUCACGCCAAAAUCAGCGAGUUUGUCAGGCUCUGGACGGAAGCGUUGGAAAUCGACGGAGAAGACAACGGUCCCGCUCUGCGCAUCAAUUUUGAGGUGCGGACAGUGGCAGCCCCUGAUGACUUCCACAUGCUGAACUUGACGCCGCAGCAUCUGCUCAACCCACUCUACAUCAGGAACCAGAGCUACGCUGCCCUCAGGAAAGAGUUCCUCCUCGACCACAUCUUCUACGACGCCAUCGACCUCAACGACCCUGCGCUCACGCAGCCGGCCGGCCUCCUCGUGCCAGCCUUCUCGGGCAAGCAGCUCGAGCUCCGCUUUGACGAUAAGCUUGGCCUGGUGGCCGGGGGCGUGCGGGUGACGGCAGCUAUGACGCUGCAGGACGGCACUCGACUCCUCACCCUCAACGGCUUCCUCUUCAACUCCCGGCAACGCGUCAACUCCGCUCUGGACGACAUUUUAGGGACCGCUCGCCACGCGGACCUCAACACCCCUCUCGGCCCCCCUCUGGACCUAAGCUCCUCUCUCCCACAGCCUCCUGCUCCACCGUCUCUCCAAAACCUGGCCCGGCAGCCGCCAAGGGUGAUAUCUCCACCAGCUCUCCCACCUGGAUUCUCUGCACAACCUGAGGCACCCGUCCGAUCCAUUGCUCAACCUCCCUCUCCACCGCCUGGAUUUUCUGCUCAACUUCAACCUGCCUCAAGAUUGACAGUUCAGCCUCCAGCUGCUCCAUUGGGAUUCUCAACUCAGCCGCAGUCUUCACCAAGAUUCUUCACCCAGCGCCCCGCAUCCCAACUUUUAUCCCAACAACAGACAUUGCCCACACUUGCGCCCCCUUCCCUAACCAACGCUCCUGUAUCCCCUGUGUCGUCUUCGCUCCCAGCCGUUGCUUCAUCUACACUGACCUCAAGAGGAAAGAGUUUCAUCGCCAGCUCGGACGUAGAUGCCCAAAACUUACAUCAACAUCUUGGCUCAGAAUCUAACAAGUUUGAUGCGCAAACCGUGAUGCAAGUGGGAGAACACUCAAAUGAAUUCGUCGUGUUGAACCAAGAAGUAUCGCCGCAGCAGAUCAACUCAGCAGGAUUUCAAUCAUUUGGAGUCCCUCUUCCCACUGGCCCGCUUGAGUCUCAAAACUUUGGUGAAAGUCAACUCACAAACGGGAUCGGCUCUGCAACUAUCAAGCAGCCUUCUCCCACGGCGCUUCAUGAAAGUCAUCUUGCGGCUGCCAACGCUAAAUCUCACUCAGGCAGCGGUGCCUCUCAUCCUCAGCAUCAAGAUUCCUCGCACCAUGGUUCAGGGAAUGAGCUUGGGGUCUCAAAGUUAGAAGAUCCAUCGACAACACAUUCACAGUUCUUUGUGAACCUAGGUGAACAAGUGGGUGUUCCUCUGCCCGGACUGGAAAACUCGGGUGAUGUCAGACCCGGAAAUGAUUUUAGUCUCUCAACUGGCAAUGCAUUUACCGUGACUUUGGAUGAUGAUUCUGUGCUCGGGUCUGUUGAAGAUAACCUGGACACAAUCAAGGACAUCAUGGAGAAGGAAGACUUAGAAUCCGCCUUAGAAAUCUUGCAGGAAACUAAUCUCCUUGACCAGCUAAUGGAUGAAAAAAGUGGAACUUUCCUCCUCCUCGCGCCGACGAACGAGGCCUUGUCACGCCUUUCCUCAGCUGAGCUGGAUGAGCUCAAGUCGAACAGUUUAUUCUCCUACCACAUAAUCCCGUUGGGCGAAAUGCCCGCCCCGGAGGUCAUCAACGAUUCGACUUUCGCGACCCUCUUAGGAGAGCCUGUUCGUUUUAAUGUUUACAACGGAAAAGUUUUCGUUAACGGCAAAGGUCUUGUGAGAGGCGACAUCAGGGUUCCUCGAGGAACCAUCCAGGUAGUGGACGGCGUGCUGAGGCCCCCCUUAGGCGACCUGCAAGCUGUCCUACAGAACUCUGAGUCGCAGGUCACACGCACCGCAGCCCUCCUUACCAUGCAUGGCAGGACGCUCUCCAAAGACACGCCCAUCACGGUGCUAGCGCCCCUUGACGCCUCCAUCACAUCAAAGGGCUUCUCGUGGCCUGAACUCCUCGAGAACCCCGAGAUGGCGGCGUCACUUCUGAACGGCCAUACAAUCGCGGGCUCCUGGUACAGCCAGGGCCUGGAACGCCAGAGAACCUUGACUUCUUCAGCAGGAAUGAACAUCACCUUCAGGAAGGAUUUCGAUGGAACAAUGACUGCCAAUGGAAUUCCAAUCAUAGUGUCAGAUUUGUCAGCUGUGGAUGGAGUGGCUCACGUUUUAGCAGACCUCAUCCCCAACACGGAUCUUGGCUCCGAUGCAACUGCAUCUCAGACUAAUAUUCUGGACCAAAUCCGAACUGGGAUCAUAGAAAAAGCACAGAAUAAUUUUAACGGAGUUCCGAAUUCUCUCGUGAGUUCCGAACUUCAAGGAUUCAAGUCUGUCGAUGACACCGGCAUUCAGCCUCAAUUCAAUCUGAACUUAGGAAGUUUACAUUCCGCUGGUGUUAAAAAUGAUGCCAGCCGCGGAGUGCCUCAAAUAAGUGGCCUCUAUCAAACUCCAGUAGAAGAUAACUUCAACUUUAAUGUAGCUCCUUCGCCUUCCAUUUUCCAACAACCUCAUACAAAUGCAGGCGCAGAUCAAAAUGUUCCGUCGUACGGUAUAUUGUCUCCUACCGACCCUAUUACGUCUUUUGUUCCGGAUUUUGAUUCAACUUCUGGUGAACAGGUUCAUGAUCUCUCUGAUAAUCAAGGUAUUUCAAUUGAAUCAGCAUCUUUCGGUCAUGCAUUGGAAGAGGCAGGUGAUCAUGGCACAAUUACGCCCACCAAUGUCAGGGUUCCUUUGCCAGAUGCUAACAUAGGCCCUCAAGGAAUACCAACUACAGACUUUGGAGCUCCGGCUGACUCCACUUAUGGUGUUAGCAAUACUCGGCUCCCCAUUGACGUCGGGAUUCCACUUCCAGAGGCCAGCCUUGGCUCAGUGAGUCCUUCACCUGACUAUGGUGCUGUGUCUCCAGGCUCGACUUCAAGCAACGAAGAAGGAAAUUUAAUUAUUUCAGAAGGCGUUGGGAUACCACUGCCAGAAAUUACCGUUGGUGUUCAAGCUCCAUCAGCUGCUUUCGACACUUCAUUUAAUGACCUGGGUUCUUCUCUACCGGAUGCAAAAGUUGACAUCCAAAUGGAAAAUUUUGACUUCAAUACUGAUUCCUUGCCGAACGAUGAUAGUCUUGUCACUAUUGCUGAGACGAUCGCUCAGUUUGAUCAAUCACAGACACAUGGAAGUGAUAUAAGCGGAACGCAAUCUGUUGGGAGCUUUGCCCCGGAGCCAGAUUUUCCUACCGCCUCAACAACUGGCGAUGUGCAACAGCCGUUUUCUGGAACGCCGUCGACAGUAGGCACGUCUGACUUAUCCCAGCCGCCAGCAUUUAUACCGUCCGCUGCUCCACCAGCUGGAAAUGUGCCUUCUUUCCUCACUCUUUACAAUGCUCCGGAUCUUUCCUCUGAUGAGAGAACUGAUCCAUUCUUUUCGGCAAUUCCGGCGGAUUCACUCAGAACUCUUUCUUCAUCUUCAACUCAAAAUACUGACGGUUCAACGGGUUUAUCUGCUGGUCGAUCUCUUUCUUCAUCUCCAGAUUCCGCCCAAAGAGUCAACAACGUUUUCAUAUCAACCCCUGAACUUGAGCCCGGUCAAAUUAAUCCUUUUGAUCUUUCGAGUAGAAAUAAAUUUGACAAUUUUAGCCCAAAAAAUGAGGGUUCAACAGCUCUCGAAAUCUCAAUAGACGACGAUGGCCAUGAUUCAUUUUUUGUAAUAACCAGAGGGAAUUUGAAUCUAAAAGACGUUAUUGAUGGUCUUGACGAAAAUAUCAAAAAACACAUUCACAUUCUAGACUCUCCGUCAAUUUUCUACAACAAUUCCGUAACUGAGUUAGCCCUUCAAAAAUCUUUACCUCCCCAACUUCUUGACGAAAUUCGUUCUACUCUUAAUGCAAACAACAUGACAUUUGAGAAUAUAGGCUUUUCCUCAGCAUCAGGUUUGUUGACUGCACGAACAAGCAAUAAUUUUCCAGCUUCGCAAGCAACUUUGACUAGAGAUGAAUCUGUUGUGCUGUCGUCUAACAGCGCUAAAAGUUCUUUGUCUGUUGACAGCGGCAUUGGCAGAGAAUCUAGCACCACUAGAACUGACGAUAUCUCAGCAAAAGCAUCCACUCCAGAUCACUUGGAGAAAACAGACACGGACGCGCCGAAAGCUGCUUUGAACGAAACCAUCGCUUUGACGGGUUCACGAAAAAGUACCCAGGGAUCACUUGUUCGUACGCCGCUCCUCAGCUCAGUAAAAACGUCAGUGAAUAAUAAACGUGUACAAUCGAGAGUGUUGAUCAACAACAAGGCUUUUAUCACAGACUCAAAUACACAUUCUCCAUUACUCGAAUUCGGAACAACAGCAAUUGAUGAGAUCAUCGACUUAGAUGGGAUAACUACAGAAUCAUUAGAUGUCGAAAUUACAACGCUGUCUCCUAAAACACAAAAGAGCCUAGACCUUGUUUCCGAAUUGAAUAAUUUUAUAGAAGAACAUCAGAAUGCUCAACUGCUGCAAGAACAAAGGUUCCCAAUCAUUGUUCUAGCUGAAAAUGAGUUCUCCUUUACUACCCACAGCCCCAACGAUGUAACAACAACAUCUUUUGAUUUAACCACUGACUCAUCGGUCACCGAAAUAUUCGAGGAUGUGUCGGUUAACACUGACAUUCCGGUAAUAUCCGAAAUACUUCCUCCAUCGACGGAUUUUCCAUUAUCUAAUUUCCCUACUAAUUCUACCGUUCAAAUUUCUGGACGCUCUUCUCUCGCGGCAGCGGCUCGGAAAUCAUUGUUAGAGCAACAGCUGCAGAGUGAUGAUGCUGUGUCAGCUUCUCAUGAGCAAGAAAUAAAUGUUAUCGAGUUUCUAAGGCAGCAAAACCUCACCGCUUUCGCUGACAUGCUGGAGCUCACCGGCUUAAACCGUGACAUGAUUCGCGGUGGCCCAUGGACGAUCUUCGCCCCCAGCAACGAGGGUAUCGAGAUCGUGCGUCUCUCAGGAGGGCUGGACCUGAGCAUGAAGGACCUGCGGCACCUCGCCGCGUACCACGUCGUGCCACGAGUCCUCACGAGGGACAUGUUCACGGAGAAGGCAAGACUGCCUACGUUAUACGCGGGCUACUCCCUCUACAUGGAGUCCAGCGACAACUUGUGGUCAGCCGGAGGUGGACUGGUGUCUGAUAGCUCGUCUGUCCACGCUGGUCCUUCUACAUGGGUGAUCCAUGGCGUGGACCGCGUCCUGUACGCCCCCCACGGCAACCUGCUCACCACCAUGGCCCUCGCUCCCGCCCUCACCAACUUCACCACCUUACUUGCUGCCAACUCUCGCAUCCGCAGGAUGCUUCAAGGUCGUCGGCCGGUCACUGUGAUUGCUCCCAGCAACGCUGCCAUGGCCAGACUCCCUCCCGGCAUUAGUCCAUCAGAAGCCUGGCUACAGUCGCACAUCGCUGAGGGGUUCCGGUACAGCGUUUGCUUCCCGCGGUACCCGAGCCUGACAACUCUCGCAGGCACUAACAUCACAACCUCAACGAACUCCAGCACAGGCGUUGUGAGCAUCAACGGCGUGGCCGCGAGCUACCUGGACAUCACAGCAGCCAACGGCGUCCUGCACGUCGUCGACGACCUCAUCGUCAGCGGGUCCUGAUAAACUUAAUGUCAGCGGGUCAAGGGAGCCUCAAUGUCAGCGGGUCUUGGGGGUCUCUAUGUCAGCGGGUCAUGGGGGCCUCAAUGUCAGCGGGUCUUUGAGGCGCCUCAAUGUCAGCGGGUCAUGGGGGCCUCAAUGUCAGCGGGCCUAGGGGGCCUCAAUGUCAGCGGGUCAUGGGGGGCCACAAUGUCAGCGGGUGAUGGGGGCCUCAAUGUCAGCGGGUCAUGGUGCCUCAAUAUCAGCGGGUCUUGGGGGCCUCAAAGUCAGCGGGUCUUGGGGGCCUCAAUGUCAGCGGGUCUUGGGGGCCUCAAUGUCAGCGUGUCAUGGGGGCCUCAAUGUCAGCGGGUCAUGGAGGCCUCAAUGUCAGCGAGUCUUGGGGCCUCAAUGUUAGCGUGUCA